UCUCUGACGUGAUUAAAAAAAUUGCAAAAUGUAGUUCACUAAAAUGUAUAAUUGACUGCAUUUACUUUUCUCGUGAGUUUGUAAUAAAUAACUUAAUCUUGUGUUAAUAGCAGUGAAUGAUAACAGUAAUCACGGCAGUGACCCAUGUUCGAAAGACUCAAAUAAACGACGAUAAUUGCGCAAGACGAUAACAAGGCGACGACUCGUUCCUUCAAGAGGCUCUCGAGAUCACACGAGUGUAAACAAGGGCAUGGACUCGAGUGUAAACAAGGGCAUGGACUCAAUGUGAACAGUAUAUGUGAAGCCUUUAAAGAAAAGUGCGUUCAAGAAGCCGUCCGGAGGAUUAGAUUCAGGACUUUGGGGGAAGAAGUGUAUAUAAAAGUGUAAACAAAAAAGGGGAUUCUAAGGUCUAUCUUUUGUGUGUUUUGGUCUAAAUUUCUCUGGGCAUAUUUCCCAUCGGCCUCCUGGAAGCGCGGAACAUCGAUAUUCGACAAGUCCUGACGCGGAAUGAGACAUAAUUCCUUUCGAACUGAACUUUGUGUCUCGCCUCCGCCAUAAAACUGCCAAUUUGCAAAGCUGUCUACACAUUUUUGAGCCUGGAUGACUUCAAGACAUCUUGUUGACGAUUCUGAGCACCUGGAAGCCCUUUGAGGUGACGAAGGUGAAGAAAAUGACUUCAUUUAAAAGAACAUUUUCAAAAUCGACUGAGAGUGAAUGUCUCUUGCGUCCGUCUGAGAGCCAUCAUCCGUCCUCGCCUUCACUAGUCAGUCAAGUGGAUCAGUCCAAACCACUCAACCCAAAUGACUCUGAGGAAGAUAAUUAUGUUCCUGCCAGCCACGACGACCACGGAGACGACGCUGGAGAUGUCGUCGGCAGCAACCCAAGAUUCGUGAGGUCGUUUAAGAGGAGGAUACGAACCCGUGAAUUAAGAGGCUGGAGAUACAAGUCACUCUCAGGGACGAUAGAAUCCAUACAGCCAGAACUGAGAGGAAAGUCUCCCGUGGAAGGUAGCAAUACUUCAGAAAGAAAUGCGAAAGAAUCGCUCAAGAAUAAGGAAGAAGCCCCGAGUGUAAGAACAUGGUGGCCAAGAAUACCGUCAGGCAUGGAGGGAAGCGACAACAGGAGUCGCUGUUCUUCCAUCUCCAACGACGUGUUCUGGCUCCCUGAAACGACAAUUCCUUCACGGCAGUUCUCCCCAGAGACCCACGAAGGCGUCCCGAACACCGACAAUCGCACUCCCGAUAACGAACGGGAACAGGCCGGCAAUCUUGAAGGGAAAUAUUCGAUGUCGAUGAACUCGACAAAAGAGGCCAUGGACACGAGUGUCGAUGUCGACACCAGCAAGAUGAGGGACUGUGGAGGAGGGUUUUCGUUCCUCUCACGCUUGAGCAAGAGCGUGUCACUCAAGAGGAAACAGGUCAAGUCCCACACUAAGACUCGACCUCUUCACUUUAAUGACACAGUUGAUGACAAGGAAUCUGCAGUCAAAGAAAACUUGAAAUGUAUUCCGGAGAAUUUGCAAGAGAAUACUAAAGUGUGUGAUCAGAUCCAGCAAGCUGUGAUGCUCCGUCAAGUACAGGAGAGGAUGAAACACGGUGACGCGGAGGAUAAGGUUCCCGGCACUGUAGAAGUUAAUGUAAGUCAGAGUUUUAGUCCAAACUCUCAGUGGUUUCUAAGUACAUCUCCCACGGAGGCGGAAACCAGUAGUGGAGGUUCAGCCAUUCUUCAACAACAUAAAAGUACCUUGCCAAGUGAAUCCUCAAACUUCUCACCGAUAUUCAUAAAACCUCCGCCAUCUUCCAAGACCAGGAACCCUUCUUGUGUUCUUGUCGCUAAUGAAUCCCCGAUACCUGAAGAUGGAACUUGCAAUGAAGAAAGUGUCUCGGCAUCGGUACACUAUUCACAUCCUUUACAGUUUCAAAGUUCCAAUAGUGUCUUGGACAACUCCUGGUGUCCUUUCUCUAGCACAGCCACGGAGGCCGGACACUCCAGUGACCUGACAGCAUACAACCCGUCUACGUCUUUCAAAGAACUUGUCUUUCAAAGCCGAGCUUGUUUCUUGCCUAUAGAAAAGCUUUAUCCAACAAUUAUGCUAAGAAGUGAACUAGAAGCACACUUCCCUGGUAAUGAGAGACAGGCUUCAGAGGACCGUGGUGGGACCCAAGAACCACAGCCUCGACACGACACACAGGAUCCUCCACAGCCUGUGGAAUACUUUAACAUUAGGCACACGAAGCUAAGCGAUGACUUAGAGAAGGAGAAUGUGCUGAAGAAAAGCAAGUUUCUAUCAGGCACUGUGUAUCAAACAGAGAAUAAUGCAAAGAAAUUUGAAGCAGACAAAGGUGCUGCAAAGAACGGCACUUGUAGACAGGAGAGGCACCCGUCUGGUGAGCGCAGGGUGACAGAGGUGAAGGCUUCCGUCACCCCUACAAGAAUAAGGAGAGUUGGCGCAAUUAAAAAGUGUGACGACGUCCACCAUCUCCUGGACGACUGCCGCGUCUCUCUCACCAGCAUCCUCGCUGUCUCUCACCACCACACUAACGAUCUCUCCAAGACCCCAAAUUUCAACACAAGUUCUGGAGCUAUUCCCAAGAGCAGUCAAGUUAGUGUGGCUCCUCAGGCGACCAGUAGAGACGAAGCCAGAGCAAAGAGAGACACGGAGAUACCAACCAAACACGAAUAUAAUACAACAGAUACCAGAUGUCCGGAGGUGCUUGAGACUAGAAAGGAAAGUGGGAAAUCUUGCAAGAAACGCGAGAGGCGUUCAAUGAAACGUUCCACAUCUGUUCCAUUUUGGACUAAACUGCAUUCUCUAGACGGUAGUUCCACGACUGACAGCGACUGCCUCGCAUACAGCAAGUUAUUGACAAAUGAGGACAAGUUAGCUACCAAGAACACAGAAGGAGCCCAGGCAACAUCCUGGGCUGCCAGUCGCGUUCACUACAAGGAAAAGGUAACCCACAAACGAGCCAGAUCGCAGGACAUGAGCAAGACCUUCAAGGACGAAAUCUUCGCAGUAGCACCCGAAAGAUCCGCCUCUCACGACAACAUAACCAAACUGAAAAAAGAAAAGGCACUGAAAUUGUCUUGUCCAGCGGUCGAAUUUCCUUCAUCGAGCCCCACAAGUGAAGCCUUCCCUUGCAGCAGGUCGAGUCCCGUGACCCACUGCGCAAGCUGCAGUGAUAUCCUGGGCCAAGAAGGCAGAGAAUCGCCCAAGUUAACUAGAGCUUUUAGGGAUUCCAAGGUGAAGAGCGUUUCCGCCUUCUGCCUCUCCAACACCACUGCCAAAAAGUCAUCAGAGGGUCAAGGGCAAGGAGGAGACCCGUCACCAGCAGGAGACGCGCAUGCUGGGGACACCAGGAACCUGAAGGCGUCACAACUCCUCUACACCUCGCCAUAUGAACUCGUCAACAGUGCCAGGGACAAACCUUACUUCCAGCGACUCAUAAACAUCUUCCAAAUACAGACCACGGUAAGUCAAUGACCAGGCCCCGGUAAGUUAAUGACAUUUUACAUAGAAUCCACAAUAUGCCGGAUCUCCGCGAUAGUCUUUGGUGUGUUGAGGGCAGUCCACGAGGAGGUCGCGGCGCGAGAGUGCGCAUCAGCGAGGUAUGAGGUAUUCAAGCGACAGUGUGCACCACCGUUGCAAACACUGGUCGCGGGCUAUUAUCGGGAGCGCCUCGUGAUCUCAUUCAUUUUGCGCAGGACUUUGUUUCGCUGUUAAAGCUGCCGCCAUGCCACACGAUGGGCACUGGUGCCAGGAUGUCGCGCGUGCUUCAUAACGUGCUGUCGCGCUCGUGUUCUCUUGGCCUCUCACGCGCCUGUGCCCUUCCACUUUCGUCCUCUCUUGUCUAACUUUUAUUUUGUGUUUACAAUUCUCUUAGGUGUUAAAGAAUAUGUAAUUAACGUGUCCUAGCGUGUAUUUAAGAGAUCAGCAACUUCUUCUUCUCGGCUCUGAUCACUAAAGUGACUGAGUGAGUGAUCAAUAAAGUGACCGAGAGGCUCAGUCACUUUAUUGGGUCGUUUGUGGAGAUGUUUAAAGUCUUUGUACUUUGUUAAAGUUUAUAUCGAAGUGAGAGUGAAGCUGGAGUCCUGUGCUUCAUUUUCUUCGUGAAAGAACAUGUCAAUACAACUUGGAGGAGGAAUUGAUUGAAUUCGGUU